AUGGGGGGAUUGGGGCUCGGGCUCGGGAGGGCGGCGGCGGCGGAUCGGACGCUGGCGGGCGCUCACGCGCUGGCGCCGCUGCCGCAGGAGGUUCAAGGCGCCGGGGUGGGGUACCUCAUCAUCGAUGAGUUCCAGGUGUUCCGAAUACUUGGGCUCCUAGAGCUGUGCAUCGACACGUUCGAGUACCCCGGCCACGUCGACAGGGAAGGAGGCGGCGGUGGAGGCAGCGGCGGCAGAGAAUCGGAACCGUCGGUGCUGGUGUUCGGGGUAGAAAGCGUCGAUACCAAGCUUUCUCCGGAGGAGCGCGCGAGGGCUAGCAAGUGGGUCAGUCACCAGGCCCAAUCCAUCGUCAGAAAGGCCACGUUGACCCUCAUGGAUGAGUGCGCUACUGAAGUUUUGGCUAGGGAAGAGAUAAGACCAGCCCCCAAGCAGCUAGUGCGGAGAGUGCUCUCGUCCUUGCUCCAUGCUCUGAGCGUGAGGCAGAGCGAUGUGUGCCUGGUAAGAUUGUUGGAGGGAGCCAUCGAUUUCCUGAGGAGAUACGGCGCACGGGUCUUCGUUUCUUCCGUCGGGGAUAGGAUGCAGGACUGGCUUAGAAGCACGCUCGUGCACUGCAACGCGCAGCGCUACCGCCUGCGCACUGCCGGCCGUAACUUCCUCACGUACCUCCUGAGAUCUGCCUUCCACUACUACGGGUCCAUCGGGGUCGUGCGGAAACCGCUCAUGGCCGUGUUUCAGGGGAUGAUCAGCUGCAUGUCCGGGGAGCUGGACAAGACGGAGAGGCAUCGAUGCCCGGCACAACCUUGCGCGGGGGGAAAGGGGAGAAGGGCGGUUAUCAGCACCGUGGAAGAGGCGGUGCAGGCCCUGGCGCCGCUGGACACCACCCUCGAGGAGAUGAGGGACAGAUUGCCCAGCAGCGACCCCAGCUUCCGCCAUCGCAUGAAGACCUUCAUGGACGAGCUAUUGCUAGUGAAGCGCGCAUACCUAAUCAAGCUGCGGUACCUCCGAAAGGUGGCGUCGUCCGAUGGGACCACGCACAUGGGACUGGACGGGUACGCGUCGAAGUACUGGCUGGGCCUUGGGGUGACGGACCUGGACACGGAGAGUGUGCAGGAGAUAUUCAUGCAGGCCGCCAGUGUCUUCAACAGCACGGAGCUGCCGAAGGAACGCGCGGACUGGCUCUUCACCCUGGCGGAGUACCACAAGAUGCUCAACAACGACGCCGAACAGGGGCGCUGCCUCGUAGAAAUCUACCAGGGUUUCAAGAGGUGUUUGCCGAUCUGGGACCAGCUGUGGAAGAUGACGCCUCUGUCCAACUCGACCAACAAGAGCUUCACCAGCCGACGACUGCCGACAACCGGUUACCUGCGGGCUCAGAUAGAGGAGGAGGCACACCCGGUGCGGCUGCGGCCCUGGAACAGCGAGAGGGAGCUCAAGAGAGACAUCAUCGGCCACGCCAAUCAGGCUGGGGCUAGGCUGGGCGAGGCGGCGUUGCCGCUGUUGGCAAACGAAGCCUACCGCGAAACCCUUGCCGUGGCGCGCUUCGAACGGGACUACAAGACGAUGGCCCAGGCCCACAACGAGAUCCAUCAGUUCAUGAAGAAGGCCAUGCAGCAGGAAACGGUGGGAUUGAGCGGCAUCGGCGCCUUCUUCCGCGUUGGCUUCUGGGGCGCCCUGCCGGCGGAACUGAAGGGGCUCGAGUUCGUGUACAGGGUGCCGCUCAUGACGCAAUUCUCGGACUUCCAGAACAGGGUGCUCAAGCUCAUCCAGCCUCUCGUUUCAGACGCGGCAAAGGUGCGACGUGACUGGUUGGGUGAUUGUCUACUUUUGUAG